GUCCAUCGCAGGGCACACACACCAUUCACUCACACCUACGGGCAAUUUAGACUCUCCCAUCAGUCUCAUCUGCAUGUCUUUGGACUGUGGAUGGAAACCGGAGUACCCGGAGGAAACCCACCAACACGGGGAGAACAUGCAAACUAUAUACCAUAAUACUCAUACCAUGAAGAAGAAAGAAACACCGGGUGUAAUGGAAUGUAAUUUAAUGUAAUGGGUGGCUUCGUUUUCGCCGACGUUAACGCCUAUAUUCCUUGUCAAAUAUAAUACGCUUUGACGCAAGUUAACCAGUGUCAAGCGCACGGAGACGCAGCGUGAUCUACAAGAAUAACUACAAAUCUGGAAGUGUAAAGGGCGAAGAAUGUACUGGGCUGAAGAUGACAACAUGGGCCCUAGGCCUCCUUGCCUGGAAAGUUACUCUGAGCCUGCCAACAACUCAACCUACGUCAUGUACCACGGCACCAGCAAGGAGGCUGCCGAAAGCAUCAGGUGUUAUGGCUUCUCUCCCUCGAAUGACGGCAUGCUGGGGCGUGGUGUGUACGUCAGCCGUGACAUCCAGAAAGCCAGCCGCUACCCCCUGAAUGUAGCCGAAGGGGACCGCAGGGUCCUAGUGCUCGAAGUGAAUGUGGGGAAGGUGAAGAAGAUUAACAGCAAGCAGCACCCCCUGCGGAAAACCUGGCAUGCAGCAGGCUAUGACACGGCCUGGGUGCCCCCUAACUGUGGCAUGGUGCCCAGUGGUCUGGAGGAGGACUGUGUCUGGGACCCCUGUAGGAUCAAUGUCAUCAGUGUUAUCCAACCCAUAGAACAGCCAAUGUCCUGGGCUGGACAUGACAACAUGGGCCCUCGGCCUCUUUGCCUGCAGAGCCACUCCAAGCCAACCAAAAACUCAUGCUACAUCAUGUACCACGGCACCAGCAAGGAGGCUGCUGAAAGCAUCAUGAGGAACGGCUUCACUCCCUCAAUAGACGGCAUGCUGGGGCGCGGCGUGUACCUCAGCCGCAACAUCCAGAAAGCCAGCCGCUACCCUCUGAAUUUAGCCAAUGCGGACCGCAGGGUCCUGGAGCUCAAAGUGAAUGUGGGGAGGGUGAAGAAGAUUAAUCGCCAGGGGCACCCCCUGCAGAAGACCUGGCACGACGCUGGCUAUAACACAGCCUGGGUGCCCCCUAACUGUGGCAUGGUGCCCAGUGGUGAGGAGGAGGACUGUGUCUGGAAUCCCCAUAGAAUCAAGGUCAUUAGGGUCAUCAGGGUUAUUUAAGCAUUGUUA